AUGAGAAACAUUUUUCGCACAGAGCCCGAUGUCUUAUCAGCCUAUGAUUUCACAGGCAGUUUCACCGAUGUCUGGCGGCAUAUACGCGUGUCAAUGGUGAUGCCGCCAUUGACCGCCGCCAUCUGUGUUUGUGCUGUCAUGUCUUUGAUGAUGUUCGUUGAACGUGUGUACAUGACUAUUGUUGUUCUUUUGGUGAAGUUUUUGGGAAAGAAAAAGUACACUCAGUAUAAACUAGAAGCACUCAAAGAAGAUCUUGAACAAAAUAGAAGCUACCCCAUGUUGUUGGUUCAAAUACCUAUGUUCAAUGAAAAAGAGGUCUACAAGCUGUCAAUUGGAGCUGUAUGUUCACUUAGAUGGCCAGCUGAUCGUCUCAUAGUUCAGGUUCUUGAUGACUCCACCAAUGAAGUCCUAAGGGCACUGGUGGAGUUGGAAUGUAAAAAGUGGAUUCAGAGGGGGGUAAAUGUGAAAUAUGAGACAAGAAACAACAGAAAUGGAUACAAAGCUGGUGCUCUUCGUGAAGGAUUAAAAAAAGAUUAUGUAUUCGAUUGCGAAUUUGUUGUCAUAUUUGAUGCAGAUUUUCAACCAGAUGAAGACUUUUUAUGGAGAUCUGUACCUUACCUUCUUGAAAAUCCAGAAUUGGCUUUGGUUCAGGCUCGAUGGAAAUUCGUAAAUGCUGAUGAAUGUUUAAUGACUCGACUCCAAGAGAUGUCACUCGCCUACCAUUUUGCUGUUGAACAAGAAGUCGGGUCUUCAACUUGUCAAUUCUUUGGAUUCAAUGGAACUGCGGGUGUGUGGCGUAUAAGAGCUAUUGAAGAUGCUGGUGGCUGGAAAGAUCGAACCACAGUAGAAGACAUGGAUCUUGCUGUUAGAGCAAGUCUAAAAGGCUGGAAAUUUGUCUUUGUGGGUGACUUAGAGGUGAAAAACGAACUCCCGAGUACUUUCAAAGCGUAUAGAUUUCAACAGCAUAGGUGGUCAUGUGGUCCAGCUAAUCUUUUCAGAAAAAUGACAAAAGAAAUCAUCUUUUGCGAGAGGGUAUCCAUCUGGAAGAAAUUCCAUGUCAUCUAUGCGUUCUUUUUUGUGAGGAAGAUAAUCGCACAUUGGGUCACCUUUUUCUUUUACUGUGUCAUCAUCCCAGUCAGCAUCAUGGUUCCUGAAGUCCAUCUCCCAAAACUCAUAGCCAUAUACGUUCCAGCUACAGUUACAAUCUUAAACUCCUCAUGCACCCUAAGGUCAUUGCACCUUCUUGUGUUCUGGAUCUUGUUUGAAAAUGUCAUGUCAUUUCAUCGAUCCAAAGCAACAAUUAUUGGACUUUUGGGAGCUAAUCGAGUCAAUGAAUGGGUUGUGACUGAAAAACUAGGAAAUGCAACAAAGCCUAAAAGUAUUGUGAAGCCAUUGAAGAAAUCACGUUCGCGAUUCGGAGAAAGGCUUCACUUCUCGGAGUUGAUAAUGGGGUUGUUUCUUCUGUAUGUGGCUAUUUAUGAUAUGAUGUUUGGGAAAGAUCAUAUGUUUGUUUAUCUGUUGCUUCAAUCGGGUGCUUUCUUUGUUAUAGGAGUUGGGUAUGUGGGAAUAUCUGUUUCAAAUUAG